AUGGCUGGGGAAGAAGGAGCUGCUAGUGCUAGUGAAUUUACUGGUCCAAUCCGUCAAGUUAUUCUUAUUUCUGCUGGAGCUAGUCAUUCUGUUGCUCUUCUUACUGGAAACAUUAUUUGCUCAUGGGGACGAGGAGAGGAUGGGCAGUUAGGACAUGGGGAUGCUGAGGAUCGACGUACUCCUACCCAAUUGAGUAUAUUGGAUGACCAUGAAAUAGUAUCAAUUACUUGUGGUGCUGAUCAUACAACCGCAUAUUCUGCAUCACGUAUGGAGGUCUAUAGUUGGGGAUGGGGUGAUUUUGGGAGGUUAGGCCAUGGAAAUUCUAGUGAUUUGUUCACUCCUCAGCCAAUUAAGGCUUUGCACGGUUUAAAGAUAAGGCAAAUUGCUUGUGGGGACAGCCAUUGUCUGGCAGUCACCACGGAUGGUGAGGUGCUAAGUUGGGGGCGGAAUCAAAAUGGUCAACUUGGUCUUGGCACCACCGAGGACUCUCUUUUGCCUCAGAAAAUUCAAGCUUUUCAGGGAGUCUCUGUUAAAAUGGUUGCUGCUGGUGCUGAACAUACUGUAGCCGUCACAGAAGAUGGAGAACUCUAUGGAUGGGGUUGGGGCCGAUAUGGGAACUUGGGACUAGGUGACAGAAAUGAUCGCGUAGUUCCUGAAAGAGUUUCCGUUGUCAAUGGAGAGAAGAUGCUUAUGGUUGCAUGUGGGUGGCGGCAUACAAUAUCUGUUUCCUCUUCUGGUGCACUAUACACUUAUGGAUGGAGCAAAUAUGGUCAACUGGGACAUGGGGACUUUGAGGAUCACCUUACUCCUCAUAAGCUGGAAGCCUUGCGGGACAGUUUUAUCUCUCAGGUAUCAGGUGGCUGGAGACACUCUAUGGCAAUGACUUCUGAUGGAAAACUUUAUGGCUGGGGAUGGAAUAAGAAAGUAGUUCAGAUCUCAUGUGGAUGGAGGCACACACUUGCUCUUACUGAACGGGAAAAUGUAUUUUCUUGGGGAAGAGGCACAAAUGGACAACUCGGUCAUGGAGAGUCUAUGGAUCGAAAUGUACCAAAGAUCAUAGAAGUCCUGAGUGUUGAUGGAUCUGGCGGCCAACAGAUUGAAGCUUCAACUGUUGAUCCGUCAUCAGGGAAAAGCUGGAUUUCACUAUCAGAGAGAUAUGCUAUCGUUCCUGAUGAAUCUGGGCAAACAGUUGCAAGUAAAGGGAAUGAUGCAAGUGUUCCUGAGAGUGAUGUCAAACGGAUACGGAUUUGA